AUGGAAGCCUUCAUUACGAGGAAGAAACGGAAAAGGGAAGCUGAUGCAGAGAAGCUUGGCGAGGACGAUGAGCCCACGGAACUGAAACUGGCCCUUCUCUCCUCUCUCCACCCAGCUCUAGACCAAGACGCCCUACUGGACAUUCUUCUGGCCCAUGAUGGAUCCGUCUCGGCAGCAUCUGCUUCGCUUAAACCCCAGGGCUCUCUCAAGAAAGCUAGGGGUGUCGUCGGCUCACAGACAUCGUUGAAACUCUUCUCAUCCGCGCCAUCCAGCGAUGGGCAACCGUCCUCUCCCACAAAAGCUCGACUCUUAAGCAAGAAAGGCACGACCCUCCACCUGUAUGAUCCAGUCGAUGUUGCCGAGCACACUCCGUGCACAGUUAUACACAACUUUCUGCCUCCGGACGAGGCAGAUAGCCUAUUGACAGAGCUGCUUGAAGAAUCCGAAACUUUUGAGAAGAUCACGUUCAAGCUCUUCGACAAUGUUGUCUCAAGUCCACACACGUCCUGUCUCUACGUCGGCAGCACCGCUGAGCUAAACAGACAGAAGUAUGAGUACGUGUACAACGGGGCGAGACUCACGGAUGUGCGCAAGCUCACGCCCCACCUCGACGGCGUAAAAGCCCGGGUUGAAGAGGCCGUGAACCUAGAGGUCCAGGAGCGGAUCAAGAGCCGCUACCCUGGUGGCAGGAAGCUGAAGCACCAGUCAUCCAACCGGUGGACCCCCAACGCGGCCUUCGUGAACUGCUAUGCCGGCCCGCAGGAGAGCGUCGGCUGGCACAGCGACCAGCUAACCUACCUUGGGCCCCGGCCCGUCAUCGGGUCUCUCUCCCUCGGCGUGGCCCGCGAGUUCCGUGUCCGGCGCAUCGUGCCCCGGGAUGCCGACACCGGCGGCGGCGGGGGCAGCGGCAGCGGCAGCGGCAGCGGAAGCACCCGACCCCCCGCCGACGACCCCGACGCCGAGGGCCAGAUCGCCGUCCACCUCCCGCACAAUUCGCUGCUGGUCAUGCACGCCGAGAUGCAGGAGGAGUGGAAGCACUGCAUCGCCCCGGCGCAGGUCAUCGACCCGCAUCCCCUGGCGGGAAGCAAGAGGAUCAACGUCACCUACCGGGACUACCGCGCCGAGUUCCACCCGUCGCGCACCCCCAUGUGCCCCUGCGGCGUGCCCGCCGUGCUGCGCGUCGUCCAGCGGAAGAGGGAGAGCUGGGGGAGGUAUUUCUGGAUGUGCCAUGCGGGGAACGUCCCGGGAAAGGACGGAUGUACCUUCUUUCAGUGGGCCGAGUUUGACGACGAAGGGAUUCCGAUUCGGAGCACGCCGUCGUCCAAACCGGUCUCGGGACAGAGAUGA